GGGCAGAUAAGUGGCGUCUGAGGCGCCGCACCCACCACCCAUCCGCGCUUGGGGCCGCUGAGCCGGGAAGGCGGGGACCCCCCUGUGCAAACCUGCGCUGGCAGCAGAGGCCGCCGGUCUGGGUGCGCCGCCACCUCGCUGCCCAAUGAGCUGCACCAGAAUGAUCCAAGUUUUAGAUACACGGCCUUUGACAAGCUCAGUAAUGCCAGUGGAUAUGGCCAUGAGGUUCUGCUUGGCUCAUUCUCCACCUCUGAAGAGUUUCCUGGGCCCUUAUAAUGACUUCCAACAAAGAAAUUUUGUGAACAAAUUAAAACCUCUGAAACCAUGUCUCAAUAUAAAACAAGAAGCAGAUUGGAAGCAUUCCCACAACCAAGCCAAAAAGAAGGUAGUGUUUGCUGACUCCAAGGGCCUCUCUCUCACUGCCAUCCAUGUCUUCUCUGACUUUCCGGAAGAACCAGCAUGGGAUCUCCAGUUUGAUCUCUUGGACCUUAACGAUAUCUCCUCUGGCCUGAAGCUUCACGAAGAGAAAAACUUGAUUUUAGACUUCCCUCAGCCAGCUGCCGAUUACUUAAGUUUUCGGAACCACUUUCAGAAGAACUUUGUCUGCCUUGAGAACUGCUCUUUGCAGGAGCGCAUGGUGACUGGGACAGUGAAGGUGAAAAAUAUAAGCUUUGAGAAGGUGGUUCAGGUCCGCAUCACCUUUGAUAGUUGGAAGAGUUACACCGAUGUGGACUGUGUCUACAUAAAAAAUGUAUAUGGUGGCUCAGAUAGUGACACUUUCUCGUUUGCCAUUGACUUACCCUCUGUCAUUCCAACUGAGGAGAAAAUUGAGUUCUGCAUUUCUUACCGUGCAAAUGGACAAGUCUUCUGGGACAACAAUGAAGGCCAGAAUUAUAGAAUUGUCCAUGUGCAAUGGAAACCGGAUGGAGUGCAAACACAGAUGACAGCCCAAGGCUGUGCAUCCCACCAGGUGCCCCCCAAGACUGAGUUAGAGUCGAUGGUCUUUGGCAGUCCAAGACUGGCCAAUGGGUUCUUCCCAGAAUGGCAGAGCUGGGGUAGAAUGGAGAACUUGGCCCCCUACAGAUGAAUGAUGCCACUUGGUGACUGUUCUUGAUUCAUCAUAUUAUACACAGUAGUGCUAGGUCCAUAUUGCUCAAUCUAAGGAAACAUUUGCUACUUUUCCUUUCUAGGUUAGUUUUGAGCUUUUGAGACCUGGCUACUAAAACUUAGCCACUUGAGUAUUUAGUAUAGAGAUCUGAAUAGAUGACACCGCCCAAUGUGGUUUUGAGGAUCAAGUAAAACCCUACUUAUAUAAGAAGCAAUAGUUUUUCAGGACUCUUUCUCCUCCCUUCUCUAUUCACUAGCUUUUCUAGUGGGAAAGGGCAGGUUGAGGAAGGACAAUUGAUGGUGAGAGGAUGCUGUGUUAAUGGUAUGUGAGAUGUCUGAAAAGUACAUAUAAGGGCUCUCUGCAACUCAAGGCAGAGUGGGAAUGGGAGAUCUGAUGCUUAAAUUUCGGUGAGAAAAUGUGAGGUUAUUUGUGUUUAUUAAGUUGGUGUUGCAUUUUUCUCCUGGGAAAAUAAUUUAUAGAAAGGAGAAACAUCAGUUCUUUGUAUUUUGCAAAGAAAAACCAAACAAACUUCAGAAAGAAUGGGCAGUCUGAGGGAAAGAGGAAUUAUAAAUACGGAGAAUGAAGAUUCUAAGAGAAAUCUUUCAGCUCAGAUGUGAUUUAUAAAAAAAUCAUGAUUUGGGGAAAGGUUAAGUAAACUGAUGUUGAAGUUCUAGUGUUACAAGUAACCUUGUUUGUGACCAAGGUGUGGUACUUGGGUUUUCAGUAUAGAGUGAGCCUAAGGGAAAACCAUGUCCUCAUCUAACAAUGUAUCGGGAGACUCUAUGUCAUGUUAAAGAUAACUUUUGGCAACUGUCUUGAUUAUAUAAGAAUCCUAUAGUUGCUUAACCCAAUCAUCUGAAUGGGCAUCUGAUAACACAAGUGUUUGGCCUCAUAAGAAGGUCCACUCUAUACUGGUAUUCCUUCUGCAAUACUUUUGUAUCUAUAUAGAGUGCUGUCGGUGUACACAACUCACAUCCUUCAUAUUGAAGGUGACUUAUUUUUCUACCACACGUUUUGGAUGUGAUGUUGAAAGUGAGGACUACACUGAUUCUCAAUUCAAGAAUCCAGUUACCCGGUGUGCCUAGCAAUCUUUAUCUUGCCUGUAUCUAUCUGUCCUGUUGUUUUAAGUCUUUUGACCCAAUUUUAUUUGAAGACAAAUACUUUAAAAGAAAAUGUUUGGCUUAUUUCAGAUGUACGGUACUAGACUUGUUCUGAAGUGUGCAGAUUCAUUCUCUAAUACCUUAGGACAGGAGUCCCUGAACAUUUGCUUCUCUCAUCGUGCAUGUCCAUUGAGAGGUGUUUUGAGAUGCUGUUAAGUUGAACACAUGUGCUCUGCCAUGCUGAAGAAGCACUAUUGAAACAACUCUACUGUGACGGUUAUUUGAGACUUAGUUAGCACGUAGCAUUAUUUUGCGCUAAAUAUUUCACUCUUCUAUAAACUAUGCUUUGUUAACGCCUCAUUUUAAAAAUAAAUGUGUUUGAUAUAA